AUGAACGCAGCAAAAUCGUCGCUUGCUCGACGAGCAAUACAAACACGCUCAUUUUCCACCCCGUUACGACGAACCACAUUCACUCCUUUAUUGACCAAUGCAGCGAGGUCUGCAGUCGUUACUAGAUCAGUUCUACCCGCAGUUUCCACGAUACGGACAUAUGCCAGCGGCAGACCCCAUCCGCCGGGUGGCACCCAUCGAAUGGACAUGGGAGGUGGGGAGGAGAAACCAGCGUUGGAAGAGUACGGUGUCGACUUGACGGCCCGAGCCAAGGCCGGGAAGCUUGAUCCUGUUAUUGGAAGAGAUGCAGAAAUACACCGGACGAUUCAGAUCCUCUCUCGCAGAACGAAGAACAACCCUGUCUUGAUAGGGUCUGCCGGCACCGGCAAAACCGCCAUUCUCGAAGGUCUCGCUCAGCGGAUCGUCAGGGGCGAUGUCCCUGAAAGUAUCAAGGGCAAGAGAGUCAUUUCUCUUGACCUCGGACAGCUCAUCGCUGGUGCCAAAUUCAGAGGUGACUUCGAGGAGAGACUAAAGAAGGUGUUAAAGGAAGUGCAAGACGCACAGGGUGGUGUCAUUCUCUUCAUUGACGAGUUGCACACCUUGCUUGGACUCGGAAAGGCGGAGGGCUCUAUUGACGCCAGCAAUCUACUCAAGCCAGCCCUGUCUCGUGGCGAGCUGCAAUGCUGUGGAGCCACAACUCUCAAUGAAUACCGUCAGAUCGAGAAGGACGUCGCUCUUGCUCGUCGUUUCCAACCUAUCCUGGUGGGCGAGCCCUCAGUCCAGGAUACCAUCUCGAUUCUGCGGGGUAUCAAAGACAGGUAUGAGGUCCAUCACGGUGUUCGCAUUACCGAUGGAGCACUAGUGGCCGCCGCAACGUACAGCAACCGCUACAUAACCGACCGAUUCUUGCCCGACAAGGCGAUCGACCUGGUCGAUGAAGCUGCCUCAGCCUUGCGGCUGCAACAGGAAUCGAAGCCCGAUUCAAUCCAGACACUCGAUCGUGAGAUCAUGACAAUACAGAUCGAGCUAGAAUCUCUGCGCAAAGAAACCGACGUGGCGUCCAAAGAACGUCGCGAGAAGCUGCAAGAGACUCUUGCGGAGAAGAAGAAAGAAGUCGACCGAUUGAGCGAAAUCUGGAAUCGCGAGAAGGCAGAGAUCGAAACCAUCAAGAAGACCAAGGAAGACUUGGAGAAAGCCCGGCAUGAAUUGGAUCAGGCUCGACGUGAGGGCAACUUUGCACGUGCAGGAGAGCUCCAGUAUGCUGUUAUUCCCAAGCUCGAGUCUCAGUUACCGAAAGAGGGCGAAGAAGUGUCCACUACCACCAAGACAGGCGAGACAUUGAUCCACGACGCUGUGACACCGGAUGACAUCGCCAACGUCGUGAGCCGAACGACCGGCAUUCCCGUCAACAAGCUCAUGGCCGGUGAGGUGGAGAAGCUGAUCAAGAUGGAAGACAAGCUUCGCGAACAUGUCCGGGGUCAGGACGAAGCGUUAGCUGCCGUCGCAAAUGCAGUGCGUAUGCAGAGGGCUGGUCUCAGCGGCGAGAACCGUCCGAUGGGAAGCUUCAUGUUCCUCGGCCCUACUGGCGUGGGCAAGACGGAACUGUGCAAGCAGCUCGCCAACUUCCUAUUCAGUACCGAGACCGCUGUCGUGAGAUUCGACAUGUCUGAGUUCCAAGAGAAGCACACCGUCUCCAGGUUGAUCGGCGCGACGGCAGGGUAUGUCGGAUAUGAAGACGCCGGCCAGCUGACAGAGGCGGUGCGGCGGAAGCCGUACGCCGUGUUGCUGUUUGAUGAAUUCGAGAAAGCCCAUCGCGACAUCUCCAGCCUGUUACUGCAGGUCUUGGACGAGGGCUUCUUGACCGACAGCCAGGGCCAUAAGGUCGACUUCCGAAACACUCUGAUCGUCUUGACCAGCAAUCUUGGUGCCGAGGUCCUGAUGGGCGCUGGUGGCGACGUCGAGAAUGUGACUCCGGAGCAGAAGAAGGCCGUCAUGGAAAUCGUGCAGGCCAGCUACCCGCCCGAAUUCCUCAACCGGAUCGACGAGUUCAUCAUCUUCAACAAACUGUCGCGGUCUGCGUUGAGAGAUAUCGUGGACAUCCGGGUCAAGGAACUCCAGGGCCGACUCGACGACCGCAGAAUCAAGCUCAACAUGUCAGACGAAGUCAAGGACUGGCUGUGCGAGAAAGGCUACGAUCCGAAAUACGGUGCCAGACCACUCAACAGACUAAUCCAGCACGAAGUCGGCCGGAAGUUGGCCGACAAGAUCAUCCGCGGCGAAUUGAAAUCCGGAGACACCGCGACAGUCAUCGUCUCCGGGGACAGAGAAGUAUUGGAGCUGCAGGUUGGAAAGCCCAACUAA